AUGUGUCUUUUAAUUAAAUUAAAAAUAUUUUGUAUUUUACUAUUCAUACAGUUCUUAAUCCAUGUAGGUAAAACUAAUCCUUUAUCAACAAGAGAUAAAAUUUAUUCAGUUGUAAUUGAUGCUGGAUCUACUGGUUCUAGAGUGGUUGCUUAUGAAUUUGAAAGACAUGGCAAUAAACUUAAAUUAUUACGAGAGCAGUUUAAUAAAACAAGGCCCGGUUUGUCCAGUUAUGCUCAAAAUCCUGAUGAGGGUGCAAAGUCAAUUAUGCAGCUGAUAGACAAUAUCCAAGACUUUGUUCCAGCUUAUUUAAAACCUAAGACAAAACUGUUUCUAAGGGCUACGGCUGGUCUUCGACUUUUGGGCAAUGAUACUGCAAAAAUGUUAUUGGACAAAGUUCAAGAAGAAUUCAAGAAAACUGAUUAUAAGGUUGAAGACCAUGCAGCAGGAAUGCUUAGUGGAAGUGAUGAAGGGAUGUUUUCUUGGUUUACAGUAAAUUAUUUGAAAGAUACAUUAGACCAAUCUAAAACUUAUGCAGCGUUAGAAAUGGGAGGUGGAUCUGCUCAAGUAACUUAUAUACCAAAAGACAAUUACAAGAAUGAUCUAAAAGAAGAUAUACAUGAUGUACCUUAUAAUAAUUUGCAGGUUUUUAGUAAAAGCUAUUUAGGCCUAGGAAUAAAUGCUGCCCGAGAUGCAAUGUUUAGAGAAGAUGUCAAAGGAGAUUUUAAACCAGGACAAACUGUGAUCAGUAAAUGUCUCAAUCCGAAUGUAGAAUUUUUUAAAUUUGAAUUUAAUAACACAAAGUACCUUGUAAGUGGGUAUACGAAAAGCAGAAAACGUGUUAAAACAGAACAAUGUCUUGCUCAUGCCAAAAAAUAUGUCCAAGAAAAAGUAAAACCUAAACCUUUGGGUUUGUCUGAAGAGCAAUCUGUGGCUUUGAGUGCUUUUUAUUAUAGAGGAAAUGCUGCCAAAUUGAUUGUUGGAGAAGGAGGCAAUACAACUCUAGGUGAAAUAUGGAAAAAAGCUGAGGAGGAAUGUGCCAUGGUACACCUGAAGGACCCUAACGAUCCAUUUUUGUGCAUGGAUUUGAUAUAUAUUCACACUUUACUAAAAUAUGGUUUUGGCUUAAAAGACUGUAACAGGAUUGAGAUGAUUCUGAAGCUUGAUAAUCACGAAUUAUCAUGGGCACUAGGAUUUGCUUAUAGUGAAUUAGUAAAACAAUAUAAUUUAUCCAAAAAUAUAGACUCUGAAAAUCAAAUAGAAAAAAAAUGAAUAAAAAAGCAUAGUCAUGCUUUAUGUAACAUAAUACUUUCUAUAAAUAAAAUUUACU